AAAAUGGUACCAGUCAGGCCAGAGCUUUGGGAUCCCAGAGUCACUGCUACAGGAUGGAGGAACCUACUCCCGAGCCCGUCUAUGUGGAUGUGGACAAGGGGCUGACCUUGGCUUGCUUCGUUUUCCUCUGCCUCUUCCUCAUAGUCAUGAUCAUUCGCUGUGCCAAAGUCAUCAUGGACCCUUAUAGUGCCAUCCCCACGUCUACCUGGGAGGAGCAGCACCUGGAUGACUGAGGCACAGGACAGGUCUCAGUGUCCUGGACACACCUCUGCACACCCUGGCCAACAUCCUGAAAACACUUGGAGACUGGGAGUGGUUAUGACCACCCAAAGAUGGAGAAGGCUCACCUUCACCUUCACAUGACCACCAGAGGGAAAUGCGAGCAUGCUGGAGCCAAGGCAGUCUGGGGAAGCCUGGGGAGAGGAAUGCUAAGUCAUGACUCAGGAGAGUGGAGGCCAUCCUGGAACUCCACUGGGAGACAUAGAGCAGAGUGAUAGUCCCCUGCCCAGGCUCCUGGGCACCUUUGAAAACUGAACCAAAACCAGACACUCUCUCCUGCAAACAGUGGUCAAGAGUAGACUGACCUUCAACUAUACGGCAUUGAGAGGUUGCUGAGAACCCAGUUACCCUCUACAGACUAGCAGUGACAGGGCAGGAAGGAUGGAGAGACUUCAGGAGCUUCUUCUGCAAAUUCUCACAAGGCACAUAGCUACUUCCAAACUUUUUUUUUUUUUUUUUUUUUUUUUAACUAAGAUACAGAGGGAAUAUAUUUUUCCUGUUAAAAAUGAGAUGUGCAUUUUAGACGCUUGGGAAAAUAUAGGUACAUAGAAGGAAAAGGGGGGUGAAUAGCACUUAAAAUCUAACCUCCCAGAAGCCAUCAUUUUGAUAUAUUUCUUCAAGUCUUUUUUACAGGAAUUUUUUUUAGUAAUUCACACCAUAUGCAUGAUGCUGCAUUGAUUCGUAUGAAAGCUUAAAUAUCUUCUGCCUCACAAGAGACCAUGUCUGUUUUUAGUGACUGAGAGUAUACUGGCUAGGCCAUGGCUGAAUAUAGUGCUUUCUUUAAUUUAUUAAACUUUCUACAAUGUACUCAUACAAAACACUUCACCCAGUAACCUUCAGAAGCUCUGCAUCCCAGGAGCUCCAGGCAAGAUCUGGGUUCUAGUCCUGCUUCAUUUAUUCAAAGGCUGUAAAAAAUCACCCCACCUCUUGGUGCCUCCAUUUCCUCAUUGUAAGAUAGGAAGAAGUAAGUCUGUCUGUCUCUGUCUGUCUGUCUGUCUGUCUGUCUGUCUGUCUGUCUUAUCUGUCUGUGAGGGCACAAGUGGGAGCUGAGACUAGGUUAUCUCUUCUGUUGUCUUUCCUUCAUCCUCUUCUCUCACACACCAUUACCUUCAUCUAUGACCUUGCUGCAAUGAUUCUAGGUCAUAGCCCACAACUCUCCCCACCAUACUUAACUCCUGUAUCUUUAUUAUAUGACCCCUAAAUAAAUGGGCACCU